AUGUCUCUGAACGCAGACUUUGCACUCAAAAUGCUUCCGAUGAAGGCCUCAGAUGGAGACGGCUUAUACUUGCGGGACGACACUGUCGAUAUCGUCGAUUAUUCCCAUAUUCUCCGUCUACAGCUGGUGGCGUCCUCGAUGACAUGGUCUACCUCGGAAACCCUGACAGGGUCCGUUCAGGAAUUUUGGCGGCGCAUUGCAGCAUUCCGAGGGAUGGCCAGUCUAGACAACGUAGACCGCAUGUCACUUGUCAAUGCGGUCAUAUACGUUGCGACCCGGGUCAUCGACCCCUCAAAACAAACAGUUAAACCUAACGCCGUGUUCGGGCUUCGUGAAGCUCACAGUAGGAGGUCACUGGACGUGUUGGCAGACCUGCUGCUGCACAACCCCGGCAUGGCAUUCCCCCCGAUUCGGCAAAUUUGCUGGGCGUUAGCUGUGCUUUCCAUCCCUGAAAGUCGUCGCAUUCCCAACCUUGUCGACUUCCACCUCCUCAUUACCCAGCUACGGGGCUCAGUCUCCGACUUGACUAAGCAAAAGCUCCUACCGAUCUUCACGUUCACGUCUGGGCACAUCGGCGGUUGGCAACCUUCAAGUUCUAUACUUCACCUGAUGCUCGCGCUGCUCGAGAACAUCCUAUACGAAACACAAUUAGGACAUGCAACGGUCGAAUUGGACGAAGAUCCAAAGUUUCGCAAAGAACUACUCGAGGAUCUCGUAACCAAUUAUCCUACCUUCCUUCGGGAACUCAGCUCAGCCAUGAUCUUUACUCCUGGGCCACAGCUAGCGGGUGCUGUUGCAACCUUGAAUUCCACCAUCUGGUCACCAGUCGAUCUGCUCCGUAUGCUCAGACGCAUCGUUCGCAUAUCAGGUUGCAUCAGGCACUCCUAUUCCUCGCCUGGCGGAAUUGUUAUCCGAGGCGGUAUCUAUCAACAUACCACUACUCAAACGCGCAAUCUCCUGCAAGACAUAUGCACCAUUAGAAGCGAAGGCAACUUGAAGGACUGGGAACAAGUAUACGGUGUUGCAUACAGCGCGGCAUGCAAAUUUGCUUUGCUCGACUGUGGCCAAGAGAUCAUUAUCACAGCAGAUAGCUUCGUCUUCGACGACUAUUCACCUGUACGGGUCGCGGAGGCGAUGGACCAGGUUCUUGAAUCUGCAUCAGCUAUCGCAAAUCCGCCGGAGACGGUCAGGACCGUCCUGACCAUGAUGGCGGGCUUGAAAAUGUCUGCACGAGCGCAUGCGUGGGGAAUGGCCGAUUCGGGGCAGCUUUCCGACUCUGCCCAAUAUGCUGCCAGGCUAUUGUCUUGUCUUCGGGAUCCUUCCAAGCAACAAAUGCGUACCAGCUACCUUGCUUCUUUACAGCGGAAGGGGCUUCAUUACGAAGCUGAGGGAGCGCUGGGCUCGGUGGUAGCAAAUUAG